CAUCUCUCUCUCUCUCUCUCUCUCUCUCUCUCUAAAACCCUCUGAUUUUGAUCAGAGCGACACUUCUCUCUAAAACCCUCUCUGUUUCUUUCUUUCUAGCUCUCUCCAUCUCUCGCUGCGUUUUCGUUAAACGUUGUUCGAUGGCUUCCAUUGUCAUCAAAAGCCGCAGUUACGGCAUCACUAGUAACUCAUCCAAGUAUCUUCUCUGCUUCAUAUCUGCUUAUUCGUCCGGAUACCCUUGCACCCAUUUCUCCUUUCCCUAUGGAAAUGCUCUUCCCUCCGGCUCUGGUUCAUGGUGGCGAUCCAUGGCCACAUUCACUCGAACAAAGCCCCACGUAAAUGUUGGGACUAUUGGGCAUGUAGAUCAUGGGAAAACUACACUAACUGCUGCUAUAACAAAGGUGCUAGCUGAAGAAGGUAAAGCCAAGGCUAUUGCCUUUGAUGAGAUUGACAAGGCUCCUGAGGAGAAGAAGAGAGGAAUAACCAUUGCCACGGCACAUGUGGAAUAUGAGACUGCUAAGCGACACUAUGCUCAUGUUGAUUGCCCUGGACAUGCAGACUAUGUUAAAAACAUGAUUACCGGAGCUACCCAAAUGGAUGGGGGCAUUCUGGUGGUAUCUGCUCCUGAUGGAGCCAUGCCACAGACAAAGGAACAUAUUCUGCUUGCUCGUCAGGUUGGUGUCCCAUCAUUGGUAUGCUUUCUAAAUAAAGUUGAUGCUGUCCAUGACCUAGAGCUGCUUGAACUUGUGGAAAUGGAAAUUCGUGAACUGCUUAGCUUCUAUAAGUUUCCUGGGGAUGAAAUUCCUAUUAUUCGAGGUUCAGCUUUAUCUGCCUUACAGGGGACAAAUCAAGAACUCGGAAGGAAGGCUAUAUUGAAACUGAUGGAGGCUGUGGAUCAAUACAUAGCUGAACCAGUGCGCCAGCUUGACAAGCCUUUCUUGAUGCCAAUAGAAGAUGUUUUCUCAAUUCAGGGACGUGGGACUGUCGUGACUGGUCGGGUUGAACAAGGGACCAUCAAAGUUGGUGAGGAUGUUGAAAUAUUGGGGUUGAAGCAGGAUGGACCUUUGAAGACUACAGUGACUGGAGUGGAGAUGUUCAAGAAAAUAUUAGACCGUGGGCAAGCUGGUGACAAUGUGGGUCUUCUUCUACGUGGUCUAAAACGUGAAGAUGUACAACGGGGAAUGGUAGUCUCCAAACCUGGUGCUGUAAAGACAUAUAAGCGCUUUGAGGCAGAGAUUUAUGUCCUUACGAAAGAUGAAGGUGGCCGUCAUACUGCAUUUUUCUCAAAUUACAUGCCUCAGUUUUACAUGAGAACUGCAGAUAUCACUGGGAAGGUGGAAUUACCUGAAAAUAUUAAGAUGGUGAUGCCUGGUGACAAUGUAACUGCAACUUUUGAGCUAUUAUCACCUGUCCCUCUCGAAGCAGGACAAAGAUUUGCUUUAAGAGAGGGAGGUAGAACAGUCGGUGCAGGCGUAGUCUCAAAAGUGAUCAGCUGAGAUGCUGGUUAGACCAAGACUGUUUUGUUUUUUUAUUUUUUCCCCCCCUAGUGCACUCGUUUGUGAAAAGUUGUGAAUAGAGAAUUAUAGUGCUACUUCUAAGAGAUGAUUAUUUUGCAUUCACAUUUGGACCGUUGAUAGGCAAUUUUGUGGAGUUCAAAUAAAGUACAUGUGGAAUGGAGAAACUGCAUGCUCCUUAUAGGAAAAUGAUUUGGAGGAUGUUAUUAUUGCCUUCAAGUUUUUUCUACUUAGGAACUCAUAUAAUUGUGUAAAUUUUGAAUUUUCACAUUGCAAAGUCACUUCACUUUUGUUGUCCAUGUUAAACUAAGCAUUUGACAUUUGAUUCCUGCUAAUAGUUAUGAGCUUAAUUCAGGUGUUAGUUCUUCUGUUUUUCCAUUUGCAUUAAUUUUACUUCUCUGCUUGAAAUUUCUGCUGAGAGAAGGAUGUAGUAGUUGACAUAAAUAUUCUGCCUGGAAUGAAUAGAAGAAAUUCCUAAGCCUCUCUGGCUUCUUUUAU